AUGGAAAACAGCAGGGAAUUCCAUGCGUUUCAGACCCUGCUACAUCAUAAAAGGCUUUUACUCAUUCGGUCCAAUUGUGAUCCACAGGUGGAGCUGGCAUUGUGGGACACAGCAGGACAGGAAGACUACGAUCGUCUGAGGCCUCUGUCUUAUCCAGACACAGAUGUCAUCCUCAUGUGUUUCUCCAUUGACAGUCCCGACAGUUUAGAGAACAUUCCAGAAAAGUGGACGCCUGAGGUGAAGCACUUCUGCCCCAACGUUCCCAUAAUCCUGGUGGGCAAUAAGAAGGAUCUGCGGAACGAUGAACACACACGGAGAGAGCUGACUAAGAUGAAGCAGGAGCCAGUUAAACCGGAGGAGGGCAGGGACAUGGCCAACCGCAUCAGCGCCUUUGGCUACCUGGAGUGCUCCGCUAAAUCUAAGGAGGGCGUGAGGGAAGUAUUCGAAAUGGCCACCAGGGCGGCGCUGCAAGUCCGCAAGAGGAAGAAGAGGAGCGGGUGCUUGCUGUUGUGAGCGAACUUUCCAGAAUGAUCUCCAUAAUGACCAGGAAAUACCAAACUCCACAAAAAAAAAAAAGUUUUUGACCAAACAACAUAAAUACACUGGACUGUAUGUCACAUUUCAUGCAAACCAACAGGCGGGAAAUGGAGGAAUGUGAAUAAAAUAUGCAUUAAAUGGACAGAGGCUGAGCAGAAAGGCAGGUUAGAUCAGUAUAUGAUAUGUCUUGAUUUAGUUUUCCUUAUGGCACAAUGUUUUUCCAGAAUACACACUUUUUUUUUUUUUUCUUCUUCUUCAGUUUGUACUGUACGGAUGAUGUCGGUCAUAACGGUAUUGUUUUUUUUUUGCACAUUUGUCAAUCGCCUAUUAUAGCUAAGUCUGGUUUUCAUAUUAUUGUAAUCGAAAUUAAUAUAACCAUGUAGAAAUAUCUUAAUAGCACAGAAUUUGGUAAUAAAAUCAGUGCCUUCAUCACCAUACCCUCCACAAUUUGAAUGUACUCCGGUAAAGUGCUAGUUUUGAGCUUCUCUGUGACUUUACACCAUUUUCUAGUAGUGAGAAACCAUGUGUUUAAAUGUAUUUAAAAAUCUCCAGUAAUAUUAUGUUUAUAUCUUUCAUUCCCCAAAUAAAUAGUAAUUGCAUGCACUUCGAAGGCUCAGUCAGAUCUAAAGCCAACUGCCAAUUAGGAAUGUGACGUAUUUGAUUUGUAUUAUCCUAUUUGUUCUCCACACAUGCAUAAAUGUCACAUAAUCUGACUGUAUUGUCCUCACGUUAGCCGGUUGAGUAUUGUUAAUGCAAACUUUACAUUUUUUAAGUUGUAAUAACUUACUAGGUUUCUAGCACCGCAACACGUCAAAUAAAUACACCGAUGAUUGCUAGCAAAUGUGUAUUAGUUAGAAGAGGCCUUGAGUGCCUUUUCUUUUCCCACACAAUUGUGUGCCUUUUAGUUAGUGGUCUUUAAUGCGUUUGGUUUGAGAUGAAUGUUUAUGUGCAUGCACACGUUUUGUCGAAAUCAGUGUUGUAAUGUUUCAUGCCAGUAAAUCAUGAAGUGUUCAGGCCAGCCGGGUUUUGAGAAUAACAGUAGCUAAUUAUACAGUGUUGUGCUUCUAGAAAAAGAUCUGUGGCUUUUAUUCGCUGGUGUAGAACCCAUAUAGUGAUGUCACUUCCACUGCGGUCCCCUGCUGGUGCCAUGAGAUGCCAGACAUGAGGUAAAUUAGCAACGCUACAUAAAUCCGCCCCCGUGUUUCCUGUUUGUGUUGAGUGCUGAAUUCAUUAGCAUGGUGUGGCUUGGUUUCCCUCGUCUGCUAAUGUAAAAUAAGAGGGUGAAAAGCACAAAAAAUGGUCAAGGUGUCCUGGGUCAUAUUUCAACCCAUAAAUAAAAAAAUUUAAAAAUAAAAUCUUCCUUGUUUAGGUCCAUCAGAAGCACACAGAACAUGAAACUAACCAUCUGUAUAAUUCUUGAACACCUGGAACACUAUGGCAAUGAUUUCUU